AUGUUAUUCCAGGUACCUGGUGGUGCGGACGGUCCUAGUGGUGUUCUAGUGUGUUCGGAAGAUAACAUCACUUAUCGACACUCGAACCAGGAUGCGUUUAGGGUGGCUAUUCCUCGCAGACGUGGGGCAGUCGAAAACCCAGAGCGCAAGCGAUCUGUCAUUGCUGGGGUGAUGCAUAAAAUGCGAGGUGCAUUUUUCUUUCUCCUUCAGACCGAAGAUGGCGACCUUUUCAAGCUUACAAUUGACAUGGUUGAGGAUGACAAGGGUCAGCUGACCGGUGAGGUCAGGAGAUUGAAGAUCAAGUACUUUGAUACGGUGCCUGUCGCCUCCAGCUUGCUCAUUCUCAAAAGUGGUUUUCUCUAUGUGGCUAGUGAGGGUGGUAAUCAUCACUUUUAUCAGUUUGAAAAACUCGGUGAUGAUGAUGAGGAAACUGAGUUCAGUAGUGAGGACUUUUCCGCGGACCCGACAGUUCCCUACGAACCCAUCUUUUUCCAACCCAGGGGCGCCGAGAACCUUAACCUUGUGGAGACAAUCAACUCUUUGAGCCCAUUGAUCGAUAGCAAGGUUGCGAACCUUUCCGAUGAGGAUGCCCCUCAGAUUUUCACUGUCUCCGGCACCGGUGCUCGAAGCACUUUCCGGACACUGAAGCAUGGGCUGGAAGUCUCCGAGAUUGUUGAGUCGGAACUCCCAAGCGUCCCGUCAGCUGUUUGGACUACAAAGCUUACCCGAGACGAUGAAUACGACGCCUACAUUGUAUUGUCAUUCGGAAACGGAACCCUGGUCCUGAGCAUUGGGGAGACGGUAGAAGAAGUCCAGGAUACUGGUUUCUUGUCAAGCGCACCCACGUUAGCUGUUCAGCAACUCGGAGAAGAUUCGCUGAUUCAGAUUCACCCUCGCGGUAUCCGCCACAUUCUUCCAGACCGCCGAGUGAAUGAGUGGCCGGCGCCGCAACAUCGUUCGAUUGUCGCUGCCGCAACAAACGAGCGCCAAGUCGCUGUUGCACUGAGCUCGGGUGAAAUUGUCUAUUUUGAAAUGGACGCUGACGGGUCCCUUGCCGAAUACGACGAACGACGUCAGAUGACUGGCACCGUUACAUGCCUCAGCUUAGGCGAGGUUCCCGAAGGUCGGGUUCGAAGCUCAUUCUUGGCUGUUGGAUGUGAUGACUCGACUGUCCGGAUCCUCAGCUUGGACCCCGACACCACGCUGGAGAACAAGUCUGUUCAAGCCUUGACUGCGGCGCCAUCCGCGUUGAAUAUCAUGUCAAUGGCUGACUCCAGCUCCGGGGGUACCACCCUAUACCUCCACAUCGGCCUUCAUUCCGGUGUUUAUCUGCGCACGGUUCUUGAUGAAGUAACAGGCGAACUUUCCGACACACGUACUCGCUUCCUCGGCUCGAAAGCCGUGAAACUUUUCCAAGUGUCGGUCAAGGGACAGACAGCUGUGCUUGCUCUGAGCUCACGUCCUUGGCUGGGAUAUUCCGAUACUCAGACCAAAGGUUUCAUGCUUACGCCUCUGGACUACGUUGGACUUGAAUGGGGCUGGAACUUUUCGAGUGAACAAUGUGUGGAGGGUAUGGUUGGUAUCCAAGGCCAAAACUUACGGAUUUUCUCCAUCGAGAAGCUCGACAACAACAUGUUGCAACAAUCUAUUCCUCUCGCAUAUACUCCUCGUCACUUCCUGAAACACCCCGACCAGCCUCUGUUCUAUGUCAUUGAAUCCGACAACAAUGUUUUGUCACCAGCAACUAGAGCUCGAUUACUCGAGGAUUCCAAUGCUCACAAUGGCGACACCACCGUUCUACCACCAGAAGAUUUUGGGUACCCUCGCGCCACCGGCCACUGGGCCUCGUGUAUCCAAGUGGUUGACCCACUGGAGGCAAAAUCGGUAAUCGCAACAGUUGAGCUGGAAGAGAACGAGGCCGCCGUCAGUAUUGCUGCUGUCCCAUUCACAAGUCAGGAUGAUGAAACAUUCUUGGUGAUCGGUACAGCGAAAGAUAUGACGGUCAACCCGCCUUCGUCCGCUGGAGGGUACAUUCACAUCUACCGCUUCCAAGAAGAUGGAAAGGAGCUGGAAUUCAUCCACAAAACCAAGGUCGAAGAGCCCCCACUUGCCCUUCUCGCGUUCCAAGGUCGUCUGGUGGCUGGUAUUGGCUCUCUCUUGCGAGUCUACGACCUAGGUAUGAAGCAACUGCUUCGGAAGUGCCAGGCUAUCGUGGUCCCCAAAACAAUUGUCGGUCUUCAAACGCAAGGCAGCAGAAUCGUGGUCAGCGAUGUCCGCGAGAGUAUCACCUACGUUGUGUACAAGUACCAAGAAAACGUCUUGAUUCCGUUCGUGGACGAUUCUAUCCCUCGGUGGACCACAUCAACAGCGAUGGUGGACUACGAAACGACAGCAGGAGGCGACAAGUUUGGAAACCUCUGGUUGCUGCGGUGCCCCAAGAAGAUCUCCGAGGAGGCAGACGAGGAGGGCUCCGGUGCCCAUCUCAUUCACGAUCGUGGAUAUCUACAGGGAACACCCCACCGCCUUGAGUUGAUGAUCCAUGUCUACACUCAAGACAUCCCGACCAGCUUGCACAAGACCCAGCUGGUAGCUGGAGGCCGUGACAUUCUCGUGUGGACUGGGUUCCAGGGCACAAUCGGAAUGCUGGUGCCGUUUGUCAGUCGUGAAGAUGUCGACUUCUUCCAGAGCCUGGAGAUGCAACUGGCGUCGCAAUGCCCACCGCUUGCCGGCCGAGACCACCUUAUAUACCGAAGCUAUUACGCGCCCGUGAAGGGCGUCAUUGACGGAGACCUAUGCGAGAUGUAUUUCCUUCUUCCUAAUGACACGAAGAUGAUGAUUGCUGCGGAGCUGGACCGCUCAGUCCGAGAAAUUGAGCGAAAGAUCUCGGACAUGCGAACACGAGUGGCGUACUGA